UCAUUUGUCUCUCUCUCAAUCCCGUUACCGCUGAGUAGAUGACAACAAAGCCCACGUCGCCGUUUCGGCUCACAAGUGACUAAGUGAGCUUCUUGUGAGCGUCUCUCCUCCCCAAAGCUGCGCCGAAUUUUCUCGCGGAGCGUAGAAACCAGAGCCCACCCGGACCGGGUACAUCGCCCAACUUCUUCAAGACGUACAGGUACAGCUGACGGCAGAAACCCUCUGAUCCGCCGCACACACCUCGCAAUCACAAGAUGACCAGCUCCGCCGGCUCCCACGACGACGUGGUGCACACGGGCGGGUGCCACUGCCGCCGCGUGCGCUGGCGCGUCGAGGCCCCCGCGAGCGUCGUAGCGUGGGUCUGCAACUGCUCCGACUGCUCCAUGCGCGGGAACACGCACUUCGUCGUCCCCGCCGCCAAGUUCAGGCUGCAGGCCGGCGCCGACGAGUCCGUCACCACCUACACCUUCGGCACGCACACGGCCAGGCACACCUUCUGCAAGGUCUGCGGCAUCACCUCCUUCUACACCCCGAGGUCCAACCCGGACGGCGUGGCCGUCACCGUCGCCUGCGUGGAUCCGGGUACGCUAGGCCACGUCGAGUACCGGAAGGCCGACGGGAGGAACUGGGAGGAGUGGUUCGAGCGCAGCGGCAUCGCUGGCUUCUCCGAGGGAAAGGCGGAUGCAGCGGCAGAGUAGUAGCUGUUUUUUCUCUAGUACAGAAAGUAUAUCUCUCUCUCUUUGCUUCAAAUAUUUUACCUACCUGCUAUCGGUUAUGAAAAACACUUUCCUAUGUCGUCUUCUCUCUUCUCCAACGCAUUUUUCCAGCCGUGUAGAAUAUAUAAAAAAUGAGGAUUUAAACUCUACUCAAUUGUAUAUAUCGUUUGAUUUCUAUCACUUGUAUACUUGUAUAUAUCGUUUGACUUCUAUCACUUUAA